AUGUUUUCAAGUCCCACCAUAGACAGUUUCAACCGAAUCAAUGAUAAUACGAAGUUAGUAUUAACUCCCUCUUUAUCUCCCAUCAAAAUUGCUCUACUCUCCCUAAUUGUAUCGUAUUGCACAGGAAUAUUACCAAACUCGAUUCAGCCCUCGUUACUAGCUACAAUUGUUCGAUUCAUUGAUUGUGGCGUUAAUUCUUUUGAUAAUUUAAACAUAAAUGACCAAAAUAAUGAAACCACCAAAGAUGAAAAUGACGAAAAUGAUAAUAUUGCAAACAAUGAUGCAGAUAAUGAUAUAAACAAUGAUAAAAACAGUUAUUCCCAAUUUGAAGACUCUGAUGAUGAUUUCGAUCAAUUCGAUAACGAUUUUAAUCAAAAUGACCAUUUAAACAACGUUCAAUUUUUUACAAAUCCCUCACUAAUUGACUUAAUAAAUGAUCUAGAAAAAUCUUGCUUACAAUACUUUAACAUCAUUUCUAAUUAUAAUAAUAAUAAUAAUAAUAAUAAUAAUAAUAAUAACAAUAACAAUAACAAUAACAAUAACAAUAAUAGUCAAAUAAUUAAAAAAUCAAAAAAGUUAUUAACCGCCGAGACUCCUAAUAAGGAUUCAAUAACCAAUGAUAUAAACAUACUAAAAUUCAAUCUCUUACUAUUCAUCUGGUCAAUUGAUUCCUUCGACUCUUUACAUACUCUAAUAUCUUUAUCAAAAAAUCUACUAGUAAACUCAUCAGACCAAGGAAAACUCCUAUUGGAUUCUUUAAACAACGAUAACCUUAACAAUUUUCACAACAAGAAUGACUACCCGACAAACCUAUUGACCAAAAAUUCUUACUUGGGAAAAUUCAUCUUAAAUAUAUCAAAUUCUUUUACAAUUUUAGAAUUCUAUAAUUACAACUUAAUUUGGCAAAGCUUUAUUCAAUUCAGAUCUCUAUCUCGAAACUACUUUAAAUCUCUAAUUUGUUCCCUCAACUCUAAUUCAAAUUUUCUCAUUUCAAACCAUCACAAUAUCAUCAUCUCUUUUAUAACAAACGAUACUAAAAAAAUUAACUCAAGCUUAAUCUUUCCUUUCAAAUUCAUCAAUUUAUCAAUAAACCUCCUAUUCAAUAACUUAAAUCUCCUAUUCAACAUUAACAAUCAAUUAAACCUAUCAAUAAUUAAUACAAAACCAAAAAAUUUUAAUAUUAACAACAUUCAUAAUGAAGACCAGAUUUUAUUUUCAAAGAUUACAGCGAAACUAAACCAAAAUCAAAAUUUAAAUCUAUUAUCAAACUCAAACUCAAAGAAUUUGCUCGUAAUAUCAAAUCUUGAUCUAUCAAAACUCUUGGAUAACCAAAUCCAAUUGCUAGAAAAUUAUGGUACUCCCAUCCCUUUUAACUUGAAAAAAAUCCUAAAUUUAUUAUCAAAAUUAAAUUCAAAUAAUACACUACCAAGCUCUUACUAUAUCAAAUAUCUUCAAUCCUUGAAAAAAAACGAUUAUGAAAACUCUUACAACUAUCUACAUCGUUAUUUCGACUAUAUAAUGUCGAACCGACAAAACGUUCUUUAUCAAUACGCCCUAUUAAGCUUGGCUACUUUACAUGCUAAUUUCGGCAAUGACUUACAAGCAAUUAAAUCAAUUAAAGAAGCAAUUCAAGUAGCAAGAGAAAACAAUGACAACAAUUGUCUCAAUUAUCUAUUAAGUUGGUUAUUCAAUUUCUUGAAACAUAAACCAAAUUUAAAACAUGACUUUUUUUAUUCAAAUGAUCAAUUAUUACAAUUUUUAAAAAGAAAAACUAACGAAAAUCAAGAUUUAACUUUAAAUUCAAUAUCCUAUCAAUUAGAUGUCCUACAAAUGAUUUUAGAUGGUGACAAUUUAAAUAAAAUUUUUGAAAAUUUAUUGAAAUCAAACUUUAUAUCUUUAAUUGAUAACAAUUACUUAUCAUCCUUAGAUUCCUCAUUAAAUAAUUCGUCGGCUUCCCUUUUUUCUAAUAACAACAACUCCAAUAAUCUUAUUUCCUCAAACUCAACAUCCUCUUCUUCUUUUUCUUCUUCUUCAUUUAUGAGACAUGCCCAAUUGGAAAGCACAGUUUGGAAUAGAAUUGGAAUAGAAAGUUUAACAAACUUAUUUUUAAAUAUUUCAUUGGAUUUUUGUUAUAAAAGUAAAAAUAUCAACGAUGAAAUAUCAAUUAUUAUCAGAAAAAUUUACUUGAAAUAUCAAUAUGGAAAAAUUGAUGAAUCAUUUAAAAUAUUAGAUAACUUUAAAACUCACAUUAAAAAUAAAAACAAGAAUAAGAACAAAAAUAAAAAUGAAAGCACCUUGACCGAUUUAUCAAUCUUAAAAUUAUUGGAAACAAGAAAAUUAAUUUUAUUAAUUAAACAAUCAAUUAAUAGGAGAAGAUUUAAGUUUGUUGAAAUUUUAAUUAAUAAUUUACAAAAGAUUAAUAUUAAUGAUAUUGAUUUAAAAAUUGAAAUUAAAUAUUAUAAAAUCUUGUUAGAAUUUAAACAUAAAAAUAUUUCAAAGGCUUUGAAAUUGUGUUACAAUGAAAUUAAUAAUUUCACUGCCAAUGUUUAUAAUUCUGCUUCAAAUGAAACAAAUAACAAGAACAUUAAUUUCAAUAGAGGUAUUAAUCAAAGCAAUAAUAAUUACAAUUUUUACUCUGGCCAAAAUUAUAAUCAUUAUUGGUACAUUAAAUUUUCUAAUUUAUACUGCAAAAUCUUAAAUGGAGAUUAUGAUGGAGAUAUAACUAAUGAGAAUUAUAGCUAUAACUAUAAUUAUAAUUACUGUUAUAAUAAUAUCAAUAGAAAUUCAAUUCGAGGAUUAACUAUUAUUUUGAAAACAAUAAAAAUUUGUUCGAACUCCUCACUAAUAUCAUUACUUAAUGAGAGCUUGGUGAAUUUGAUUGAAAUUUUCUUAAACUUAAAGGAUAAAGAAAAAAAAAAUUUGAAAAUACUAGAUAAUAUAAUGCCUCAGAUUUUGCAAGUUAAUAAUACAGAAAUAAUAGCUCAAGCAUAUUACUUGUUGUCUGUGUCGGUAUACCGAAUUUUGGUUAAAAAAAAAAUUGCUUAUGAAAAUAACUACGAAAAUGCUUUUGGUAAAGAUUCAAAUAUAAUUGUGGAUAACGAAGAUACCGGUGAUGAUAACAACGGUAGCAAUAACCAUAACGAUAGCUCGGAUGGUGGCGAAUACAAGUUUGACAAGGUUGACAAAGAACUCUUCAAUAAAGUUUUACAUUACCUAAGUAUCUCCAUUCAGGAAUUCCGCAAAGUGAGCAGCCUUGAAGAGAUGAUUAAGGAUUUUAAAUUGCAACUAAAACUAGGAUACUUGUUUGGUAACAACGAAUUAGUUGAGCAUGCAAACAAGGCGAUUGUAAAAUUGAAGGAAAGAAUAAAAGAGGAGUCCAACUACGGAAUACUAAUCUAG